GAUUCUAAGAUCAUCCACAGUUGCUUGGGUUUAAGUCCAAAAUGAGUCCUUUUAAAAAAAAUACCCUCACUGGUUAUUAUAACAGAACUUAUAAUAACCAGUGGCCUAGGGUAUUUUUGUUAAAGGGCUUAUUUUGAAUUAUUUUGGACUUUAUAGGUUGAUGCCUUCCUGACAAGCAGUUAAUUACACUAAUGCGAAGGGGAGAUGUGAAAAAGGUUAUUUUUCGAAAUUCCCAUCUCAACCAAGUCAUUUGAAAAGAAAAGACUACUUAAACUGUGGAUCCAUUAUUUGUGUAAUGACAAGUUGAGGUUCGAGACUUUUGUAUGAAAAACGUGUACUGUCUGCCUUGUCUGCGACUCGACUGAACGUCUUCUUUUUUCAAUUUCUUCUUGCGAAAGAACGGGCUCAAAUCUAUAUGGCUCCAAACUUAACUGUUCGUGACUUGUCAUGUUUACAGUGCUGUUGAUGAAAUAAACUGGAAUAGACGGUGUGAUGUCAUAAAUCAAACUCCAAUGGCCACUGUCUUAGUGGCGGGAUGCAGCAUGCAUGGGUGGUCUCAUAAUGGUGUUGUCUAAUUCUGAUUCAAAAAUAGUCAUAUCAGCCUUAGAGACAUUAAUUUUAAUGGCAGACACAAAUGAUCACAAGAAAACUCUACGGGAUUUCAUAGGAAUGAUGGAACAACUUGAAGCUAUCAUUAAUAGUCAGAAGUGUGAUACCCAAGUUCACAGUUUAGCAGAGAAACUAUAUGUGAUGAUAACAGAGACCUCUGAGACUCCCCUGAAAGACACUGGGAACUCCAGGCCAACCUCCAGGAAAAACAGUGCAUGCAAGAACAGAAGUUUGCAGAGCAACAGAACUAGACACAUUACAUUACAAAUCAAAGGUCUACUAGAUAAGACUGACAGGGAUGUUUUGUUGCGGCUUAUUUUACAAGUCAAAGGCGUUAUCAGUGUGACGUUUGACAUGAACAAGAAGCGCUGCUCUCUACGUGCAAAACCAGAUGUUAAACCCGAGGUAAUUGUACAAGCUGUUGCCAAAUCUAUGACAAUGACAGCACAUCAGGUUGUGAAAGAUGAGUAUGGAGUAGAGGUUUUGGUGUCAUUUGGUGCCAAUCCCCAGGACAUUGACAAGGAAAAUACUUCCCUCCCCGACUACCUCCCAGAGGAUCCUGACAGCCCUAAGGCAGACAGUCGCUCCCUGGCCAGGACCCAGAAAGAUGAGAAAAAAUCAAACUGGCUCAGCUCUGCAGCCAGUUUUUUAACGAAUUCUUUUUACUGGUAGUCUCUACAGUUGCCUACAAAAGUAUUUCAUACAAUUUCCAUUUUGAGAGUAAAAAGUUUUGUGUGUUAUGAACUGCAUUCAGUGAGCUGCAUAAAUGACUGUAUAUGAGUGAUGAAGGUAUUGACUAAAAUGUUUCAGUUAUUGGUUAUAAUAAAUUAUGCAUAUUGAUG